GACCACAAAGGAACCGACAAUAGCAGUAAUUCCACUCAUCUCAAUUGGAGAAGACUUGGGUGGACUUGGGAGUAAUGCGUGUAGGGCUUUAAAUGUACUGCUACCAUGCUUUUCCAUUUUUAUUUUCUUCUUUUUCCUUUUGAAGGCAUGGAUUUACUCAAUUCGAGGAGAGCGUGGGCGCUGGGCAUUGUUGGGUUAGCUGUGUGCUUUGAAUUUUGUUGCUGGUGCGAGGGGUGUUUGGAUGAAGAGAGAGAAGCUCUCUUGCAGAUCAAACAUGAUAUCAACUAUCCAAACGGCUCUUCUCUCUCCGACUGGAAGGGUGAUGAUUGCUGCCAAUGGCCCCGCGUGUCGUGUAACAAUCAUACAUCUCGUGUGAAUGAAAUCGACCUUUAUGAAGUGAGAGAAGAGGAUUUGGGGACGUGGUAUCCAAAUGCUACUUUAUUUGCCCAGUUUAAGGAGCUCUUCUAUUUAUAUUUAAGCGGGAAUCAGAUCGACGGAUGGAGAAUGCCCGAAGAUAUUUGUGAAUUGAGGAGGCUAAAGGCAUUGGGCCUCUACCGUAACAAUAUCAAAGGAAGAAUUCAUCCAUGUAUUGGUAACAUGCGCUCCCUUGAAGUUUUGGAUCUCGGUUAUAAUCGAUUUGAAGGGAGCAUUCCUCCUCUGGACAACCUUACUUCAUUGAGUUGGUUUUACUUUGAUGGUAAUGACUUGGAUGGUGUUCUUACAUUUUCCACUUUCGCCAACCUCUCCAAGCUCACGCUUCUUAACCUUUCGAACAAUCCCCAAUUACAAGUGGAAACAGAAUCUCCAACAUGGAUUCCAUCCUUCCAGCUCAAGUAUCUCUAUCUAUCUAAUUGUCAGUUGAACCAACACAGUGGUGGAGCCAUUCCAAGUUUCCUGGCUACUCAAUACAAGUUAGAAACAAUUGAUCUUUCCAAUAGCAAACUUUUUGGUAGAAUACCUUCUUGGUUACUGUACAACAUGACGAGUCUGCGUAUGCUGAUGUUAGGUGGCAACUCGCUGGGUGGAUCAUUCCCUCGACUUUACCAACAUAAUAAUUCAAGCAUUGGUCAUCUCGAUGUCUCUGAAAAUCAUAUCCUCAACCCAUUUCCCUCUGCCAUAAGCAUGUUUCUUCCUCAAUUAUGGUACCUUAACAUGUCUAGAAAUGCUUUGCAAGGAAGCAUUCCAUUGGACUCUAGUAAUGCUCGAACUCUUCAAAUAUUAGACCUUUCUGAUAAUGAAUUAUCAGGAAAAAUACCUGAUGAGUUGCUAGCAAAUAGCAGUUCAUUGGAAUACUUGAGCUUGUCAAACAACAAAUUGCAUGGAGAUGUACUGCCUAGACACUGCAAUAUGCAUAGCUUGAAGUAUCUACAGCUUGAUGGAAAUGGUUUCACGGGGAGAAUCUCGCGUGCACUAUCUAACAGCACUGGUUUAUUAAAGCUAGAUUUUAGGAGGAACUCAUUGUUUGGCAGUAUUCCAAGUUGGUUGCCUGCACUUUCAAAUCUAACAUCCCUUCUCUUAGGAGACAACAAUUUUGUAGACGACAUUCCUGCAGAGCUGUGUCGAAUGCAAAAUCUGCAUCUGCUAGAUUUCUCAAAAAAUAGGCUUUCGGGCAAUUUACCUUCUUGCUUCAACAAUAUCUCCUCUUGGAUGAAUUUACUUCCUGUUGAUACCUAUAUUGUUUCACAUAGCCGUGAUUAUAACUAUACAUAUCAGAAUAUGAUCAGGACCAAAUUCAUGACGAAGGGAAACUCCUUAUCUUAUGAGAGCAUUCCACUUUCCUUGAUGACCGGAAUUGAUUUUUCUUUGAACCAACUGACGGGUAAUAUUCCAUCACAGAUGGGACAUUUGAAAGUGCUCCACUCAAUGAAUUUAUCACACAACCUUCUAACAGGUCCAUUUCCAGAAUCUUUCAAGUACUUGGAGCAGAUAGAAAGCUUGGAUCUCUCUUAUAACAAGCUGACAGGGGUAAUCCCUCCGCAAAUAACUCAACUCACGACCCUGGGUACUUUCAGUGUCGCCUUCAACAAUCUCUCUGGUGCUUUACCAGAUUUGAAGAACCAAUUCAUCACAUUCAAUGAGAGUAGCUAUGCUGGUAAUCCAAGUCUCUGUGGGGAACCUCUAAAAAGAAGAUGCUCAGCUGACAUUCCAUUCCAGCCCAAAGGAGGAAGGACAGAAGAAGAAAAAGAAGAAUCACGAAUCAUUGAUAAUCCAGUGUUUUUCUACUCAUGUGUCGCGAUGGCACAUGCAUUAGGAUUCUGGAUCUUUAUUGGACUUCUUGUCUUCAACAAGGGAUGGAGGUUCAACUUCUUCAGAACCGUGGACCGAUAUAUAUAUAUAGGUAUGUGUGAUCAGAAUCUCAGCACUACUUGGAUGAUUUAGAAAUUGUUGUACUUAGUAAUGCAAAACAUUGUAUUGUUCUUACAUGUUAUUUGUAUGAAUUAUAUUUACAAUUGGAUGAUAAGGGUGGCUUUCAUUGUGAAGUUGAGAGGCACUCAUCUCUCCCCUGCAUUGAUUUGAGUUUCUACUUCUAAGACAACUAAAUGACUUAAUAGUAUGGAUGAUUGGCUUUAGAA